AGAACAUCGGACAACAUUAAGGACAUACAAAGAUACUCAGAAGUCAUGCAGAGCAACACUCCUAGCUCAUCUCGCCCACUCACCUCGCGGGUACCGGGGCAGCUUCACACGCCCACGCACUCCUUUAGCGAUGCGGCCUUCACUCCGGACUCCUCCGAAGUCAGAGUGGGUAACUGGAACGACAAGCGGUCUAGGGAGGAUCUAGAUCUUGCGCGAGCUAGACUUGCCGACCAGAAGUUCAACAUGAGAGAUUAUGAAGAUCCUCUCUUACCCCGUCAACAUCCACAAUCUCAUUACUACCCAAAGGGUGUUACGGCAGAGACGGAGGCCCAACUACUAAAACUCGUUGCCGAACUCACAGGCUCCUCUAGUUGAGUCUGACGAGCCUGGAGCACAGAUUGGUGUCUAAGGAUGCCUGCACUGGAAAUUUGUACUAUUCAGCACUAGGGAAUAUAUUGUCUUUCUACCUAUCACUCUGUCUCUGACUUAAGGUUCGUUGGUUUUGGACAUAUUCGUAGAUUACAUAACAGAACGCUUAGAAGGAUAUUCCAAACUGUUGUCUACAAUUCCUCUUGAACCUGUUACAUGAUUAUUACCUGGCUUGCUAGAGUAUCACAAUGUCUUGAUGUAAGUCACAAAAGAGCCCCGGUCUGAG